UAUCAAUCUAUUGUUCCGUCGUGAUCAUUCCCCAGAGUUCACUGUGAAUUAGUGUGGAAGAGCUUCCUCUCCUCUAAGCCCUUCUCUUCUCCACUUAGUCUGUGGUUCUUGCCGUUGCCGUUCUGCCUCUCCCAACGGCAUCCUCCUCUCCGUCUCCCUCUCCUUCCCUGUGAUCGCCACAUUCCGGUCCCCAUCAUGGAUCAUUCCAGCGAACCCAACAACGCGGCCCUUUACGAUGCGCGGAGACGCAGGGGCUCCGUCGGAACUUCUCAGCUCUUCGACAACAUUGUGUCCGCCUCCAACUUCGAUCGCGAUGAAGUGGACCGUCUCCGCAAGCGCUUUAUGAAGCUUGAUAAGGACAGCUCCGGCACCAUCGACCGCGAUGAAUUCCUCUCCCUUCCUCAAGUCUCCUCCAACCCGCUCGCCACGAGAAUGAUUGCCAUUUUCGACGAAGACGGCGGCGGUGACGUCGACUUCCAAGAGUUCGUCUCCGGGUUAUCAGCCUUCAGUUCCAAGGGCAACAAAGAAGAGAAGCUGCGCUUCGCAUUCAAAGUGUACGAUAUCGAUCGCGACGGGUUUAUCUCCAAUGGCGAAUUGUUCAUCGUGCUGAAGAUGAUGGUCGGCAAUAACUUGAAGGAUGUGCAGUUGCAGCAGAUUGUCGACAAGACGAUCAUGGAGGCCGAUAAGGAUGGUGAUGGCAAGAUUAGCUUCGAGGAGUUUACGGAUAUGGUCGAGAACACGGACGUUAGUUUGAGUAUGACGUUGAACCAGAUCUGAGGUGGAGUUUGAGUUGUGGAUGAGGUUAUCUACUUGCUGGGAAUGUAGAUACGUUGGAUGGAUUUGGGCAGUGAGGAGGGUAUAAUUUCUUAUUAUCUUAUGAUUAUGAUGAUAGCCAUGACGAAACUGUAGUUUACUUUCCUUUUCAUUUUGCUUCAGGGUCGGAUUUGCUACUAGUUUAUAUUGCUUGUUAGGUACAUAUGUGUACGGAUUACUAUGCCUGCUGUGCAUGUAGCUGUAGAUGGGAGUUAUGAAGCGUUUAAAGCUCAACGAUCAGCUGAAAGUUGUUGCGUUCAGCAGCAGCAGCAGCAGCAACAGUAGUAGACAUUCACAGAUGAUAGGAGUC